UCAUUGAUGAAGAGCCUGCCAGUGUCACCUUUUGAGGUAAGUACGUCAGAGGUGAGACAUUCCCUUUCAAUAAAAGGCGCCGGAUCCCAGGAGCAUCAGAGGACCAGGAGCAAGAAGCAGCAGGAAUAUUAGCCUACCAGUGUUUUUACUCUCCAAAGACCCGACUGAUACUCAGGAUGCACAGGUGUGUCGGUGGAGUUUGCGUGUCUCUUAUUGUGUGCGCGUUUCUUACGGAAACACUCGGAAUGGUGAUUGCGGCAAAGGAGAAGAGAGGAUGGACCCUCAACAGCGCUGGGUAUCUCCUCGGUCCUCAUGCCAUAGACAGCCACAGGACCCUUAGCGACAAGCACGGACUGGCAGGCAAGAGAGAAAUGCCCAUAGAGGAAGAUUUCAAGACAGCAGCUCUGAGGAUAGCAGAUGAGGAUAUUGUCCACACUAUUAUAGACUUUCUUUCUUAUCUCAAAUUAAAAGAAAUCGGAGCUCUCGACAGUCUGCCUUCCUCUCUCACGUCAGAGGAAAUAAGUCAACCCUAAUUUCAACCGAAUCCAGCACCGACACACCAUGACCUCCACUGCACCCGGCUGAACUCGCUCUCAGAGGCUG